ACCAGGCUAAAUCGGUCAGCUACACUGGUUUUAGCGCGAUAUUGAAGCGAGUCUGGCAUUGCAACGAAUUCAAAUUCUCGUUGUAUUUGAACGACGAAGCCCCUGUUAAACUGAAAAGCGGUGCCUAGUGCAGGGAUGGCUGCUUCAGAGCAAGCCACAUCUGAAGAUGGCAAUCUCCAGCCAGCUGCUGCUGCCCACAGUGAUGCACCCAAUGACAAUGGGGUGUAUGAUGACUCGGCAGCAGCACCAAGUUCAAUGCAAGUUAGUAGCAGUAAUGCUGGAGAAAGGAAGGAUGAUAAGCCUCAAGCAACGAAAGAGCUGGAUAGAGUGCCAUUGUUUGUGCAGACAGAACAGGUACCGACUAGCACAGAACACUGUGAUGAUGGUGAGCUUCAGGUGCUCCUUUGUUUACUCGAGCAGCGGCUAUGCGCUCCAGCGGGCCCACCUUCGGAUGAGCAGAAUGAGCAGCUCUGGGAGACCCUGCGCUCUUUGGUGCCCAAGUAUAAGGAUCGCACAAGACUCAUGAGGCAGCGAAUCACAGAACUUGAGCAGCGCCUAGAGGAGAACCAGCGAGAGUCACUCCACUGGCGAGAACACCACUUGGAAGAGCACAGGCAAAGGUUGGACGCUGUGAUAGAAGACUACGAGAGACAACAUGCGCUGGCCUUAGAGCGGGCAAGCAAUGCAAGACAGCAAGCUGAAAGCUUACUGCUGCAGCUCGCAGAUGCACAGGCACAAAUUAAACGUCUGGAGGCUGAAGCGCACACAAGAACAGAGAAACUGAAGUGUGACCAUUUGCGGGAACUUCAAGCACUGGCUGAAGAAAAGGAAGCACAGUUGCAUGCUAAGAGUUUGGAACACCAGGAAGAAGCAGCUUCGUACAAAAACCUACAGCAGCAGAACCUGGCAGAGAAGACCAAGCAGGAAGCGGAAGUGGGUUCUCUCCGGCAUAAAAAUGUUGAGCUUGAAGGACGACUCAAGGGCCAGGAAGCUCUCAAUAAGGAACUCAUGUCUGUUCUUGAGAAGGAGAGGAACCUGAAUCAAGAGCUUACUGUAGCCAUGGGCCAACACGAGAAGAAAAUUGCCCAUCUGGAACACCAGGUGUACAAGUUACAGUCGGAAGAGAAGCACAAAGAGAUGCUAAUUGAAGUUUUGAGCAGUAAGGUGUCUCAGGGCACCACACUGGGGACAGAUGUUCCUGGAGGGCAGCAGCCUUUGCCACAGACGGUCUCCCACAGCACUUCACCCAUUGAAAGGGGCAGCAAGACUGACAGCGGCGUGCAGGGCCUGUCGUCCAGCAGCAGAAGCCACGAAGAGGUGUCCGUGUGCAGCGCUGCUUCACAAGUGUCGCCACAAGAAGGGUUGAAGUUGGACCAGACGUUGAAGGACAUCACAUCACAGCUCAGUGAGAAAAAGGCUGCUGUGCUCCAAGCAAAACGACUGCUUCGAAGCACAACCAACGAGCUUCAGAAACUCACAAAGCUUGCAGAGGAAAGAGCUGAGCAGCUGAGGCGCCUGCAGUCUCGGAUGCAGAGCACCUCGACGGUGGCGUCCACCCCUGGCAGCCGAGAAUACAAAGCCAGUGAUGACGACGCGUGCCAUGUCCGCUCGACCAGCAGUGGGUUUGUGCCUUUCUCAGCAGCUCUUCCCUUGUCUAAGACUGUCAGGAAAGUAUGCUACAAGAAAGUGGCUGCUACUCCAAAGGAAUCACUCAGCACUCUUGCAAGUGUGUCUAGCAUACAGAACAAUGUUGAAAGUUCUGUGGGUCCACCUCACCUUGAACUUCGCUUAGAGGAAAUGUCCUGUGUUUCUGAUGAUGUCUUUGAAUCUACUUGCUUGCGUGAGAAAUGCUCAGCAGCGAAUCGAAGUUCCAUGUCCAAAGCAGUGUGUCGUCUGCCUCAGCCUUUAAGUAGCACACAUGAAAUGGGAAAUGUUGAAACACCACACAAGCUGCUGGCAGAUUGCUUUCACUACCUGAAAGACGAAUCUUACAUGUCAGAUGCUGUUUUGAAAUCUCAUGGUAUUGACGAUGAGGACCAAAGAUCAGAACGCAUGUUCAGUUUUGGUUGCAAACAGGCAACAUCAGUAUUGGAUCAAUCUUCAAAAGCUGUCACUCCCAUCAGAACCUCUGUGGAAACAGCUGACAUGAAGAAACAGAACACACUUAGUGCUUCUACUGCUAUAGAAGACAAGAGCCUGGUACAGAAGACGAUAUCGCGCAGUCCAUGGGAACAAGAUCAGUGUUGCGGAAAGAGAAGUAGCGGCCAUGUCGUCCAGUCCACUCCUUCGUACGAUUUCCCACUGCUGGGCAAGAGCAAGGUUUGGAAUUAUGUGCCUUGUGAUUGCAAGAAUGCGACUAUGAAGCCUACUUGUAGUAACACCAAGUCAUGCAUUUCAAGUGUGCAGAAGAAAGGGGCACGAAGAUCCCUCACAUUUCCGGAAGAAGGAGUGUGUCCUACAGCUCUGUUCGCACAUUGUUCUGCUGGGGCAUCGGACAUUUCAUUGAGUGUCCCGCAGGAACAUUCUUUUCGUGGUCUGCCCCAUUCGGCGCCAGUUAAUGUCACAGUUCACGUGCAAGCUUACCCAGAAUCCAAGGAUUUUCGUAGAUAACAUUUUCUUAACUGCCUUUUCAUAUACUUUUUUUUCGUGUGUUGGCAGGUUUACGUGGUACCAAACUGUUUUGUAUGAUGGGCCUUGUGAAUAAUCCGCUAAUACCUUCUCUAUUUCUUUCAUGGGCUAAAUGAAUCUUUAGCUUUUUUCUAGCUGUUUAAUGGGCAGUGUUCUAUAAAAACUACAUAGCAGAAUGGUGUCGACAUAUUUUUCCAAGGACUGCUGAUAAUGGCCUUAGCAGUGAGCGCAUGCAUCAGUAGAAUGUGCUCAUAAGCAUGAGAAUAGGAGGCAUCAUUUAUGGCUUGGUACAAAUGUGUAAUUUUUAUCUUACACACCUGUCAGUUGGACAGUACGGUGGCAUCUGUUCUUUUAUAAGAUUUUUUUGCCCAUGCUCUCACCAGCCUAGUGUUGCUGGUGUUGUGCAAGAAUGUGUACUUGCUAUGCUGGGCUGUUUUUAAAAGUGCAAUGUAAACAGCAUUUACCCUGUACAGCUGCUUUUUAAGCAUUGUGCCGUUUUGUUAAUAUAAUGUGAAAGGCACUUCGAAGCUCAGAACAAACUCGGCCAUAUUCUUUCCCCCAUAAUAAAAUGUUUCCAAGUCCUUUUGUGAGUAUCAGUCCUCGCUUAACAGUUACCGCACCAUACAGGAGCAAUGCAUUCUUAUGUUGCUCUGUAGAACACGUUUCAGUUGAGUGUGCUAGACUUAAGGAUAAACAAAGAAUGCAUUACAUGAGGAUGAAAGAAACCGUAAAACUGUGCAUUCUCCAGUGUAGGAGCAUUUUAUAUACAUAUAUUGUAAUUAGCAAGAUAACACUUAGUCAACUUGUUUUAGCCAGAAAUGUGGGAAGGUUCUAGUUUGUCAUGGAAACAUUUCUGCGAAAUGAGACUGCAUUAUUUGUACAUUUCUUCAAAGUGCCUUCCUGAAAAUUCUUCCUGAAAUGUCUGCCCAUGCAUUUCAUAAGGGACUGCGAGAAUGCCGCCGUGGCCAACCACUGAUGUCACUGUACAUCUGCAGUGACCUUCCUUCAGGUUUUGCACACUUCUUCAGAAACUGUAUCGCAGGGUAUUAAUGCAAAUACAUUGCAAGUGUGAUGCUCUACAGCUUUCUAUUGGGCAAAAAGCUGAUUUGUUAAAUGCUACGUUGUCGGUUACUUCAAAUAGCAUUGCAUGGCCUUCGUCUGCUUUCAUAUGUGCACAGGCGAUCAGCGUUCGGAAGUCUGGUCCUAGUAAUAGGACAUGCCCAAAGACCAAUACAACGUAGAGGUGUUACAUAUAUUUUUAUUACAGAAACAUACAAGAAAUGUGGGUAUUCACAUGGUGGAAUCUCUCUUCCUGUAGUUUAACUGAGCUUCUUCCACAGAGCAAAUUAUGGUGCGCGAGAUAAAUUAUUAAGCUUUUCUCAAUUUGUUGAAUAUGUGGAAGGACCUCUUUUUUUUUUCAAGAUCAAAAGCAAAAUUGCAAAAUCUUGGUAGGUACUUUCAGGGUUCCGUGGUUAAUUGGCAUAUUUUGAUUGGUGUGGUUAUCACUUUCCCAUAAGCCAUCUUCCCAUGACUGUAUCUUUAGUGCCACUAUUUCACUUAGCAUUCAAAACUGCAGGGGUGAUACACUGAUGCAGAUUUUACGCACAACCUUGUACAUAAUAUAUAUAGAUACUGUACAUAUACUGUAAUAAUCUGAGUAGCUGUUUGCAUUACUUGUUUAUUUGAUGAAAGAGAGGUGUGGUAAUGCGUAUGUGGAAAUAAAUUGUGCCUUAAUAGCCUCUUUA